AUGAAAUUUUCACAAGCUACCCUUUUUGCUAUCUUAGCUUCUUCAACAUUCGUUUCAGCUGCUCCAGCCAUUGUUGUUGAACAAUCAAUGGUAAAAAGAGAAGAUAUUAAUGAUGUUUUAGAAAUCUUAAAAGAAUUAAAAUCAUUAAAUGCUAAAAGAGAAUUAGUUGAAGGUGAUGAAUUACUCGAAUUAACUACGAGAGCAGAUUCAGUUUUGGGUGAAUUAAUUACUGCUUUAACCAAUUCAGGUAUUAUCGGUGAUAUUUGGAAUACUUUAACUACCGAUCCAGCUAUUUCUACAUCAUUACAAAACAUUAUUCAAGCUGCUAUUCAAACUGCUGUUGUUCAAGGUCCAGCUUUAAUUCAAGCUGUUUGGAACUCAGGUUUAUUAGGUAACAUUUUAGACAAAUUUUUAAAUGAUACUGAUUUAAGAAAUGCAUUAUUUGAUGUUGCUAAAUCAAUCUUUGGUAGUGCUGUCAAUUUAAUUACUUCAUGGAUCGGAGGUGGCUCAUCAUCUGCUACUGCUGCUACUGCUGCUCCAGCUGCUACUGCUGCUAAAAGAGCUGAUUUAUUAGAUCAAUCAGGUGAAUAUCUUUCAGAAAGAGAUUUAGCCUCAAUUAUUCAAUGGAUUGUUCAAGAAAUCUCAGAUUCAGGAAUAGUACAAUCAUUAGUUAGCAGAGUCUUAGCUGAUCCACAAGCUGCUAUCAGUUUCUUAACUUCAGCUUUCCAAACUGGUUUAGUUGUUGCUGAAGAUAUUUACUCAUGGGCUAAAUCAUCAGGUUUAUGGGAUUCAGCUUUAGCGUACAUUGGACAAAAUGCUGGUACUUGGGCUAGUGCAAUUGCUUCAUUCUUAGGUAAUGCUUUAUCAAGUGGUCAAAUUUCAGCUUCAGAUAUUGAUAAUGCUGGUACUUUAUCUACAUCAACUGCUUCAACUGCUGCUGCAGCUAAUGUUGCUGCCAGAUCAGUUUCAGUUACUCAAGCUGCUGCUGCUACAACUCCAACUACUACAAGGGCUGCUACCCAAGCUGCUGCUACUUCUGCUGCUCCAGCUUCUGCUGCUGCUCCAGCUUCAGGCAACAAUGCUUUGAACUCAUUAAUUGAUAAAUAUGGUGGUUCAGUUUCAACCGCUGCUCCACAAGUUAAUACUGCUGGUUUAGCUUCAAGUCUUAAUACUUUAAUUGGUGCUGCUAAUCAAGCAGCUGGUUCAUUAAACCAAAGAAGAAUGUAUUAA